AUGGCGUGGAUUAUCGAGGCUGAGCGGUCGAACUUGCACUCUCCGAAAGCCAACGCAAUCCCUUACGAUGCACUUCGGUCGGUUUUUCGUACUCGUUACGUUAACGACGGAGAAGCAAGCCUCAACGAUGGGAAUGCACUGGAUCCUGGAGACAAAGGAAAGCAGAUCGUCAGCGCAACGCAGCAUCCUCAACGGACAUCCAUCACGUUUCGCCCUACGCCCGAACAGAGCCCAUCAUUCCCAGAGUUGUGGGUUCCUUAUCGUGCCAAAUACGCACCGUUUCCCUUUCGCCCCGUAUGGACAAAGAUGAAGGUGGACAGAUUCCCGGGCUACACGAUCUUUGAAACACCUCUCACCAGAGGCAGAAUCAGGCUGUACAUAAAGCGAGUGCAGGCACUCGAUGCAAUCAGGAAUGGAUUCUUGUACCCCGGAGAAGCACAGCGCUUGACCCAACCUUUCCACCCGUGGGAACACGAAGAUCUCGAGAAGGUGAUGGAGAACCUGGAGGAGUACACAUCCCUCAUCGACGCCGAGAAGAUGCUUGUGAACGAGGUCGAAGAUAUUAUCGACCGCGUGGCGACUCGCACGGUUCGGAGUGCACAAUUCUUAUGGGCACUGUAG